AUGACCGACUCUAGCACAAGCCCACGGGCAAGCCGACCCAAGGCCCGACAGUCCAUUGCCCUCAUGCCAUCAACCCGAGAAGCCGCUUCACGAGACAAUGCGACAACUGACAUUGCCGCUCUGAAAGCCCAAGAUGCGGAAGCUAAAGUCGCAAAGAGGAAGCAGCGUGGCAAAAGCCUAGGUCCUGGCGGUCUCGAAGCUCUCAGAGAGUCCUCUGGCAAUACAACCAAGACAACAAAACCCUUUCAAAUAAAGUCAAUCUUAAAGCCUACAAUACCCCUUACACCGCCCAAAGCGAUCCCUACAUUUGACGAACUCCGGAAACGCAGCACAGGAAAGGGAAAAUCACCAACGAAAAAUGCGGCUGAAGAGCUCUUGAUUGACUUCUCCACGCCCGGUCCUAGUAGACAAGAUGACAAAGAGGUGUCAUUGUCCGGCAGUGAGAAUGUUGCUGACCCAUUCAGCCCUAUGGCGCGACGGUCGCCACGCAAGAGCGAUGCGGAUGCUCAGAGCAUGGGAGCUCUCGAAUUGGAGCGAGAGGAGGAACGCCAGCGCCAGGCUGAAAAGGCGGCUAUACUUGAACGACGAGCAGCAAGAAGGAAAUCAAUGGCCAACCGUCGAGUUUCCUUCGCACCUGAGGCUACCUUGCAUACCUGGAGUGUCAUGGAACUAGUAGAGGAUUCAACUACAAGUUCUGCCUCGAACUCCACGAGAAGACAGUCCUCGAUGACAGCACAACAGUCCCCGGACAAGUCGCUUCGGUCGCCUGACCGAGUGCAGACUCCUGCGACCCCUACUGCGCAGACUGAAGAAGACGUGGUCAAGGAAUCCCCAGCGAACCAACGAGAUCUGCACCAAAAGAAGCGCCGUCGCAGAAGUUCUGGUCUUGCUGAACCAGUGCUAGAUGCCACUGACGAGUCUGUUUGCUCCUCGAGUCCUUCUGGAGACGUCACAACCAACAGCAGCCCGAUGCGGGUUGAAGAAGGCAUUGAGUCCUCGGAUGAGUCAGAUACCGAUGGUGAUACUGCAAUGAGUAUGGACGAAUCGACCGUGCAUUCGACAAAUUCUGAAGAAUCGGCGUCAAGCUCUCACUCCAGUUUAGACGAUCGACUCCGUCAAGCAGCAGAUCAGGCUGGUACUCGUGGUAUUGAACACGAUGAGAAUGGCGACGAUCUCCCCAUGGAAAUGGCCACUGGCACUAUCACGAAUGCUUUCCAACCUUGGGCAUCAAGUCGAGCAGCGGAGAAUGACAAUAUCACAGUACACGACCAGGAAAAUGUCUACCCGGUCUUACCUUCUUUACCAGCAGACAAGGGUGAUGAUGUCGAGAUUGAGGACGAAGACGAAGACGAAGAACAAAGUCAUGAGAUGAGUAUGGAUGUGACAAGUGCAGUCGGCGGAAUUAUCUCUGGCCUGUCACCUGAACAACAUGUUGCUAAAUCACGUCGUAAAAGCGGCAUCCGUCGUCGUCGAUCUUCCGUCAAUGAGUCUGUCAUGGAUGAGACUAUGGAGUUCACUGUCAUGCAGGGGGGAAUUGUUGGCGUGGGCGCUAACCAUACCACGAAUAGUCGUGCCUCAGAUGAAGAUAUCAGUAUGGAGUUUACGCAUGCGGCUGGAGGUGUUUUGGACGCCGCCAAUCGCCGGGAGUCCUUGCAAUCUGAAAUAUUUGAUGAGAACACCGCCAUGGACAUGACCGCAGCUGUUGGUGCGAUCCUGCCCCCUAUCGAGGAGCAGACUGAGCCACAGACAGACAUUGACGACCAGACCAUGGCCAUGGAGACCACAAGAGCUCUCGGUGGUAUCCUCUCCAACAACCAACGUUCAAAGCGACAAUCUCUUUCUAACCAGACGCAAAACCUGCCCGCAGCCGAUGUGGAAGAAGAUCAAACCACGACUAUGGACAUGACCAGAGCUGUGGGUGGCAUCCUUCCGGGUAAUAAGCGAGCAAGACAUUCCCUCGAAGACGGGUCCCUCCGCUCACCACAGGCAAUGUCAGAGACUGAAGGUGACGACGAAGACCAGACGAUGGCUAUGGAUGUGACCAGGGCUGUAGGGGGUGUUCUGCCCGGCAGCGAACAAGCCACGGAUAUGCUCCCUCCGAACGAGGUGGCAACGGCGCCAUCGCUGCGUCCUCGGCCAACUGAACAAACCACACUCAGAUCUACACCCAGGUAUCAACACCCUAGGACCUCGAUCGCCUCCGAAACUGGGAGUCCAAGUCUUUCAUUGAAACCUCGAUCAUCAGCCAGGUCUCAACGCAGCGCUACAAAACAAUCUACGACACCGCAGGCUAAAGUCGGUGACACUACGCCAAUUAAAUCAGCACGCCGAACCCAGCUGGGUACUCCUUCAAAGCAGAUCACACCCCUUCCUACAAAGCCGGAGUCUCCGAACAAAACUCCCCUCUCUGCAAAUGUGGUCCACAGAGGCGCCUCCCCAAAAAAGCUGUUUAAGGCAGAAAUUAAAGCCAGGGCAUCGCCCGCCUCCACGAACCGGAAGAGUCUCUUCUCACCUGGAAGUCAAACGCCUAGCAUCGUUCUGAAAGCGUCUAGACCAUCUAUUGCUCGCCGGCGCUCGAGUGGGAUUGGCAUCGAUAAGAAUGGGAUAGGCUCCCCGCUAGUUACUGAACUGCUGGAUCGGCGGUCUUCGAUCGGUGACGCUGCGCCUCACUUCAAGCUCGUUAGUAUAGAGCCGGACAAAUUGCGUUCUGAAGAUCCGCAACAGAUUGCACAGGAAGUCGAGGCCGAGAGGGCAGAAGAGCACCGACGUGAAAGCGGACGACUCAUGAUGGAGCAAGAAGCUGACGACCUCCAGGAGGACAAUACGGCAACGCUAAAGGACAUGAUAGAGUCAAUGACGCCACAAAAGCCGAAAGGCAGCAGGAUCAAAGGAAGAAAGAGCUUUGCUGUUGGUGCUGCCAAGGGGUUGCUGGGAAAAAGACCUGCAGAGCUGGAUAUGGAUGAUGACGACGAGCACGACUCUACGCCAAAACGCUUACGGGUUGUUUCCAGAGAAAGCAGCCCGGUCAAGCAGAUCCGUCUGCCAAAGCCUCCGAGUAAGGAUGAGACGACCGGCAGGCUUGGAGCGAAAUUGCAGAAGUCGCUGCAAGGCAUGGCCAGCGCAGACAGCGUAACACCGACUCUACGAGAAGCUUCGCCGGAUGAGAAAGCCGUCCCGCAGAGCCCAACUCAUACUGGGCGAUUCAGAGAUGUCGAGACCGGUGCUGGUGCAAGGCCAGAAUCGUUCGAGGACAAACUUGACAAUGUCAUCGGAGCAAUCGACAUUUCGACUGCUCAAAUGGACGUUGGAGCUGCUAAAGCUCAAGGGGAGAAAAUCUCCCUGCAACAGUUCCUCAACAUGACAAAUAUCCACUUCAUCGAACUGUCGACUACGAAGAGAAGGCAUACAAUGGCACACUCAAUGCCCGCCAGGCCGUCCCAAGAAGGCGUAGGUGGCAGCAGCACUGAAGCAAGUUUUGUUGCGGCUGCUACCACACUCCCUCUCCUCGAAUUGUACCAGCAUGCCACAAGAGAGCUCAAGUCCUACAUUUCCACCGGUCGCAAGAUCAUCCGCUCUAUUGAAGCGGAAACACUUGCUGAACAGCCAGCCCUCUUUCGCGAGUACGUGGAUGCUCGUCCAGACACGAAAGUUAUCAUGGACAAUCAAUUUCGAAACGGCAAAGCUCAUGCUCGACUUCAAAGCAAGGAAGGGUGGUACCAAUGGAGAACACAGCUGGUAGAUGGCCUCAAGACCGGACUUCAAGGUAUUGACGAAGGCAUGAAGGCUGAUCUCGAACUUUUGCAACAACAGCAACAAACGCUACAUGAGGUGCUGCCGGUACUGCACGAGGAACGAGCCGAUGUCGAGAGUCAGAAGUCCUCGUUAGAACAAAGCCUUAAAGAACUGGACAGUGUCGAUCAUGAAGUUCUGAACGAGUGCCGUCGCCAACUCCAGAACGCUGACGAAUACUUCCUCCAGAGAUCUGCUUUGCUCGACUCCCUGCAAGAGCAAAUGAGGGAGAAAGAAGAAGCGCUUCGAGCUGUUGACGAAUUAAAGAGCGAAAUGAAAGAUCAAAUCGCAGAAGCUGACCGGGUACGGGAAGAACACAAAGGUUGGCCCGUCGCGGAUGUCUUGGCUUUGAAGUCUCGAGUCGAGGCUAUUGAGAAGCAGACUGGUUGGCGACUUGUCAGUGCUGAAGAAGAAGUGGACGAGCCAACUGAGUUAGGUGCUGCUCUGGUCAUGACCUACAAAGAUGAGCUGAGGCUCUUCUUUUAUCCUCAAGCGUUCCAGUGCAAGGUCACGGACGCGCCUCGUCGCAGAUCAGGGAGGAGAUCCGCAUCUACAAGCGGUCCAACUGCUCCCAUCAGCCUAACAUACGCACCUACAAACGUCGAAGAAUCGGAUGACUCUGUGCCAGACCUGCCCACAGAGAAGCGCUUCUUCCUGCAACUAAUUAGGAGUCACUUACACGCCUAUGCAAUGAUACCGAAGAGGUCGGUCGCAGCCAAGACAGUAUUGGCGACAGUGUCGAACGGCUGGAGCCUUGCUUGCAAAAUCUCUGAAGAGCUACGUCUGCUCAAUUUCAUUGGCAUCUCGACUGCCACUAUCCUAAGUGAUGAGGAGCUCGGCCUCAAAGUCAUGGUGAUGACUUCGAAACAAGGACGCAUUGACAUUGAGUUUGCUGUGUCUGUAACGAUAUUGAGUGAUGGGAACAUCGUCACAUCCACCAAUGUCACUGCAAGUGCAAUGUACGGUUCUGCCGUGGGAUUGAUCGGCGGCUCCAAGGGCAGGAAAGUGCAACACGCGCUUAGCAAAGAAGUCGAGAGCAGAACUCUCGGUAAGGGGGCAUUCCUUCAGGCUGUUCAGGGCUUUGAAGAGUGGUUGUACGGGCAGGAGAAAGCCAGGCAAGAGGCCAAGGAAGAGGUUACACCCGCUCCUGCAACAGCGCCGGCGGAUGUCGCUCCUCAGUCUUCGUCAGCCCCGACAUCUACAACUCCGGCACGAAACCCACUCGUUCCGAAACGCGCAAAUGCGAUCCAAAGGAGAGCACUGCCCGUUCCGAAGCAGAGGCUGGAGAAGAUCUCGCAACAGUCGUCUCAAGCUAUUCAGCACGCGCAAUCGCAAGCUCAAUCCCAGGCUGAGAAGGAAAACUUCAACCCGACGGUCUCGGUGCUCGGCAAGCUGAAUUCUCAACAAGACAACAAUGCUGGUGGCACUGGAGGUGAUUGGGAGGAAGUGGUCACGAAAGCGGCCAUGCCGCCGGAUGUGCAGGAGCAAUUGUACCAGAUGCACACGCCGAUCAAGCGCGUUGGGGCAUUAAGGAGGAGUCCGAUCCAGUAG